GGAUGCCUCGUUCAUACACCCCAGAGAUGCCGAGAUGCGCGAUUCUCACCCGCCAGAUUCUGACGCCAGACAGAAAGAGCUGACUAGGCGGGGAGAGAGUUCCUCACGCCUAAAUCGGUCUGGCAGGGUGCGACAGAAACAGUGGACCCCCAAGGUCAAGACCGGCUGUGUCACCUGCAAGAUCCGGAAAGUCAAAUGUGAUGAAACCAAGCCGAGCUGUCAAAGAUGCUCCUCCACCGGACGAAAAUGCGAUGGCUACAACCCGGUACCCCAAAAGCCGACGUCCAAGGCUCUCAAGGUAGUGCAGAUGCCCUCCCCUUGGGAAUUACUGCCAGGGGACCGCAUCGAAAUGGAGAGUUUCCAGUUCUUUCAUUCGGUCACUACGCCUAAUCUGGCUGGCUUCUUUGACCAAGGCCGUUGGGCUUGCAGGUUGCUUCAAAUGUCGCAUCAAUACCCAGCACUCUGGCAUGCCAUGGCCGCGGUAGCAGGUGCACAUCGAAAUUUCGUGACAGACCGUACUCCUAUCACUGUCUCGAGAUCGCAGGAUAACAAUGAAGUCAGAUUCGCACUACGGCAGUGGAAUAAAUCCAUUCAAAGUCUGCAAACGCUACUAUCAGGGCAGGACCUGACCAAGCUCGACAGACUAGUCGUCCUGAGCAUCUGUCUCCUGUUUACCACAUUAUCCAGUCUACAAGGCCGACAGUCGCAGGCCUUUGUGCAUAUCAACAGUGGGCUGAAACUACUGCACCACUGGAAUCUGGCGGACAUAGCCGGAUGUCAGUCAGACGAGGAUCUGGAUCUGAAGAUGUUGUUCAUCUUGUUUUCCCAACUUGACUCGCAAGCCCGUCCGUACCGCUUAAAGAACCUCCAAUGGACGGACAAACAGCUCACCCCAUCAUCAUCCCAAGCUCCCUUCCAAAGCCUCCUCGAUGCCUGUGUCGCAUUAGAGGUACAUUUCAACCAUAUGAUGCAGCUCUUCUCAGACCCUUCACUAUACACCCACGGUCCGAACGCAGAAACGCAGACCAAGAAACAGAAAUGCAUCGACAACUUCACCGACUGGGAUAACAAACUGGCCCAGUUCCUAUCCACAACCCCCCAACCAGAAGACAAAAAAGCCCUAAGCCUUCUAUACAUCCGCCGCGCCCUCGCCCGCGUGGCCCUAACCAUGGACUUCUCCAAAGGCGAACUCGCCCACGAUGACUUCACCCAAGACUACGCCAGCAUCCUCCACCUCGUGAGCGAAAUCCUGGAAGCCCCCAAUCACCAAACUCAAAAUCCACCCCAACCCCCCAAACUAAAUUUCUCCCUCGCAACCAUAACCACAGAGCCCUUGUUCCUGGUCGCAUUCCGCUGUCGAGAGCCGACGAUCCGAAAACAAGCAAUGCGUCUGUUAAGACGAUUCCCAGGCCGAGAAGGCAUCUGCGAGGGCAUGACCGCCCUGAAGAUCGUAGAGAAGGUGAUUGAAAUCGAAGAGGAGUGUUUGACUAGUGCGGAGGGUGCUUGUACGAAUGGACGCUGGAUAUGUGGGAAUCAUCGAGUAUCGUUGCUGCAGUUCUUCUUGGUCCAUGAGAGACAGGUAAAGACUGUGAUGCAUACGGGGGAGGACUUGGUGCUUGGUCGGUCGGGGAGAGAGCUUGUCACUACGUAUUGGUGAGGGGGGUAUCAUUAUAGAUAGGAGUUUAGAUCCACGCAUCCUUCACACUAUCUACCGCAAAAAUCCACCAUAAACCCUAC